AUAACAUUUGACAGAAUGCAACAAUGAUGCCAAUAUUUCGCUAAGAGCCGAUAGUAAGCGACUUCUUACUUUUUGUCACACUUAAAAUCUGCUGAAAGCAACUAUUAUAACAUAUACAUAAAAAUAAAAAUUUUACUACACUGAAAGAGUAAUUCGCAUAAGUAAGUAUUUUGGCAGCACUGCUCCAUUUGACGUUAAUAAGCAACAAUUGCAAUUUUGAGAUAAGCAAACGCAAGUGAAGUUAUUGCAGUAAACUAGGCUUUAUGAAGAUAAAGUAUAUAAUAACAGAUUUUGAAUACAAAAUUUUUCUUUAAAUUUUUUAUAAUCAUUCAACGAUGAGUUUCUGGAAGCCUAUUACUGAUUUUGAAAAAGAAGUUGUGAACGCACAACCGGGUCGGAAUUUCAUAUUUGGGUCCAUAAUGCCAAAAACCAUUUCAAAGCAACAUGAAAUUCAGGGGAAGAAACCAUCUUUGAGUUUGUACGAUAAGCAAACACAAAAACUAGCUGCUAUUACAGCUACUGAAAAAAUGACAAAACUAAAGCCUUUGGGUGAAAGAUGCAGAUUAGACGAUUGGAAUAAUGAUGAUAAUGUAGAAAAGGAAAUAAAAUGUAUGGUACAACAUGUUAAAGAAGCUGAAAGAAAAAAAAAUGUUGCAGCUCAAACCAAAAAUAAAACAAAAUCAUUCAAUGAUUUCAAAACACCCGAAACGUCUCACCUUUCUUCUAAAUCUUCUGUCAGUGGUGCAAUAAACAAAAAUAUUCAAAAUAAGAAAGAAGGCGUUUCUGGAAAAUUAUAUACUUUUCUGGAUGACGACUAUUUCAAGUUUCGUGCUCCGAUACCUUCUAUUACUACUAUAAACUUGGACAAAUCCAAGCCAUCUGGUGACAAUAAAUUGCGUGAUGUGUCAGAAGAACACGUUUAGAGUGGUAAUAAGAACGAUGAGAGCUAAAAGGGUAAAUGCAAUGAUAUAUCAAAUACCAGAUUUACACACUGAAGACAAAAAUGCUAUAAUCCUGCCUCUUUUACAUCAGAAGUGAGAAUAUAAAAUGAAAUAUAUUUCAAAUUUAAAUAAAAAUUAUUUUUUUAAAAUGUACAAAAUGAAAAU